GAGAUUGGCAGUGAUGUCCCCAAGAGAAGGCCCAGUGGAAGUGACGCCCAGCAGCUUGGCCAAGUGAUGACUUGAGACAUCUCCAGGCAACCGAUUGUGACCUCAUAGCCCACACUACUUUACUGCGGGCGCAGCGGCCCUGCCCAGCAGUUCGUGCCUGGACUCCGACCGAGCGUGUGUGCGAGGACUGGAGUGUGUACAGCGCGAGCUUCGGUGCUGAAACGUGCUCCGGGUGCUGCUAGUUCAGCUCUCGGUGUCUGUCUCAGAGCCAUUUGUUCUUUACCCUGACCCUGCUGGGAGCAGGCAGACGGGACAUCCCGAAGAGCGCGUGCAGCAGUGUAGUGUGACACCAGCUGCUGUACUGCUAGUGCUGGGGAGCGCAUUGCCAUCUUCUGCUCCCUCUAGCCCACCAUAACUGGUGAAAGCAUGGAGGCAGAAUUAGACACCCGCUGCCCUAUAUGCCUGGAGAACUGGGACAGCGCAGCAUACACCAUGCCAUGCUGCCAUCAAUUCUGCUUUCCCUGCAUCCAGCAGUGGACUGCCAUCAGCCUACAGUGUCCACUUUGCAAACGAGUAGUGCAGUCCAUCAUCCACACCGUGCAAGCAGAUGAUGACUUUAAGGAGCUGGUCCUUAGACCAGCUGCAGUGGCACCCGUUGCCGUAUGGGACCCCAGAGACGACCAGGAAGUCUGGCCAAGGCCUGAAGUGCCCAGGCGUCCUGUGGGCGGCCUCAACCCUGACACCUGGGCUGCCGUCUUCAGGGACCACCCGGCCCUGCUGCAGCCCCUGCGGUCCUGGCUGCGACGCAAACUGCGCCGCAUCCUGGGCAAUGAGGAGCUACAUGCAAAUAUAUUGGCACACAGUGUCAUCUGGGCCCUGGUCCACAUUGGCUUGGAGGAGGGGGUCCUGGUAGAACUGCUGGAUUCCGACCUGGAGGGCCGCACGGUGACCUUCGUACAGCAAUUCAUCGCCUUCACCGUGCAGAGGUGCGGCAGAGAGGCCCACCGCCUGCUGGGCCUCAAUGUCCCUCCUGCUGCUGGGGCACAGGAGGCCAACUCUGCAUCGGGGCCCAGAGCUGCCCCAGGAGAAGAGGUUCCUGUCCCUGGCCCAGCACCCUCCAGCAGCCCUGCCAGCUCCAGCAGGGGCGAAAUGCUGGGCGGGACAGCAGAAGAGCUCAGUGGGAGUCCCAGCCGCCCACAUUCCCGCCCUGCGACUGUCACUAUAGAGCAGGCAGUGCCUCACGAGGUGCCAGGAGAGCCUGUGGCAGGGCCCUCUGGCAGCAGCCUGCGUGAGGGGACCCGGCGAGCCCCGAAGCGGAAGGCCGACGACUCCCAGGCCUCAGAACCGCCAAAGAAGAGACCACCUAGCCGGCAGGAAUAGAAGAGUGGCAGAGCUGCUGAGACUGGGACUGGGACCUCUCGGUGUUCAGAAAUGCUGAAAACAAGCAAAUCUUCUUAUCAUCGA